GCUAAAUUAAUGGGGUCGUGCGUUCCAGUUUUUACCCCUCAUUUCUCUCUAGUUAUAGAGUAGAGCCACUAGAGGCCUACCAGAUGCCCUAGUCAGGUCGUUAUUCCCGACAGCCUUCGGCUUUGACCAAGGAUCUAGGAGUGAUCAUGAAUGGCUAUUUAUGAGCGUCGCUUCAUAUUAUUUUAUCGUCCACUUGCUUCAGGGGCAGACCACACAUCGCUGACGACGACGGUUCAAGUAAAUAAUUAGUCGACUCGGGCUCUCCAGGGCCGGCCGGACAGGUCAACUGCAGCGCUCCAUACCGAUAGCGUGAUUCCAAGUAAUUCUGAUAAGAAGGAGGUGGGAUUGGCUGCCGUAGAUCUACGGCACGUAACCGGCCUGAGUGAUGGCGGAGGCCAGACCCCCAUCGUCCAGCUCCAGACCCGGCUCCAGCGCACGCCAAAAGCACGCGAGAGAGGCCUCUGCUGGCAGGACAGCGGCUGAGAAGGAGAUGCAUCUAAACGCAGCCAGACACCUUCCCGGCUCACGACCCGCUCGAGGGUUUGCCUUACUAGUGGAGUGGAUGCGACGUCAUCGUACGUGUCUGUUACUGGAACAUUUCUGCUUGGGACCAGAGGAAGCUUUAAACUUGCUCAAGGAAGCGUCACUUGAAGCAUACCCCGAAGGAAAGGUGUUAUACCAACAAGACGACGCUGGUCCCUCGGCUGCUUACAUCGUGCUGGAUGGGACAGUGUCAUUACACUCCCGUGAUGUACACAGUCAAGCAGAGGCCGAUGACUACUUGGGCAUGGCCCAUCAUGACCUCUCCGUGUCAUCACGCAUUCCAAGCAGCGGCAGCAGCAGCAGUUCAACUCUAACAUCCACUUCACAUCAUGCCAAGAAACGGCCUGCUACCGACGAGCUAUCAGUCAAUGUCAUGAACAGUCUGAUGGGUGGUGCUUCUCCUGAUGUUUCUCGUCGACACCUACCGCCCAUUGUCCUCGCUGGAGAUUCAGACUGUGCCGCUAAGGAGGAGAGGAGAAGGAAGCGCAAAGUUGAUGGCCAUCAAAUUACCGUCACUGACCUUGAGCAGCAGGAUGGCGACUCGGUUUUUGAGGAUGCAGCAAAUGAAGAGGUAGGGCAUGGGUUUCAGCUAGACCUGAUGGUGGAAGGGAAUUCGUUUGGCGAGAUGGCUCUGCUGCGUCCUGACAGACCGCGCUCGUUCACGGCCGUAGCACAGUCUGAUGUUGAGCUGCUGGUGAUCGACCUGGAGCACAUGAAGAGCUUCACAAGUCAAGUAUCUCGAAAGGCCCUGGAUGAGAAGCUUCAGAUACUGGAAUCAAACGCAGUGUUUCAGCAAUGGAAGUGGAUGGGGCAAGUCAGACUCGCGUCCUACAUGAAGGAGGUCAGUGUUCCCAUGGAAACGACUGUGUUCCGACAACACGAGCCAGUCGCCACUGUCUACUUCAUCAAAUCUGGCCAGGUGAGACUGUUUGGGGAGGAGAAAGCUGAAAUCGCGUCCAAGCCAUUCCUAUCGCGUCAAGGCUCCCUGGACCCUGGCUCGGGAAGAAGUCCGUACGGUUCCACGGACGGCUUGGACACCAUCGGUGCAGCUGCUGCUGGCGGUCAAAAAUCCAGAACACAAUUUCAGUAUAACAAGAUCAAGAACAUUGCAACAGUCGGUACCAGCGAUAUCCUGGGUGGAUAUGAAGUUGCUCAUGACCUUCCUGGCUAUAGAUUCUCAGCACAG